GGGCAGCGGCUGCAGCAGGAGCCGGCGCUGCUGGAGGCCCUGCAGGAGGACGCCCUGGCACUGCUGGCCCGGGGGCUGCGGGACCGCCCCGACCCCGGGCGGGCGCUGCGAGGCCUGGCCGGCGCCUUCCAGCUGCUGGAGCUGGCGGCCGUCAACCUCUACCUCUUCCCGUGGCGCCGGGAGUUCGGCACCAUCCAGACUUUCUCCGGCGCCUACGUGCACCUGCUGCGCCCCGCGCUCCCUGAAGCCGACCUGCUGCGGAGUUUGGGCCGACUGGGCUACGAGCGGCAGGACCGGCACCGCCUGGCUGUGGCCCGGCCGCCCCCGGGGCCCGCGCUGAUCGCUGCUGCCAUCGGCUUCCUCGCCUGCCGCCUGGAGUGUGAGAUCCUGGCAGAGGUGGCGCCGCAGCUGCGGUGGCCCCGCGCCGAGGAGCUGCUGGAGGCGCGGCACCGGGCCGGGGGGUGCCUGGAGAUGCUGCAGGACCUGGGGACGCAGCGCAGGGCUGACUGCGGCGACGGCGUGGAUCUCUACCAGGAGACGCCAGACAGCCCUGAGGACACGGGGGACAAGGACACAGCCCCCCCAGCGCUGUGGAGGGACCCUCAGGAUGUGCCCACGAGGGGCUGGGGACGCUGCGAUGCCACGCUUGGGCCACAGCCUGUGGGCAGCGCUGACCCAGACACCUCCUCUCACCUCUUCCCGGAGCAGGAGCUGGUGGGGACCAGCAGCCUCCAGGUGCGGGGAGAGCCCCGGGAUUCCCCCCAGGACACGCCAGAGCUGCCCUGCUACCAGCUGCACUGGUGCCUGCACCGAGGCAUGCUGCCCUCGUACUGCUGCAGCACCUGCCGGCAGCUGCACGCCGGCGGCUGUGCCGUGGGGCGCGCCUGCCGCAGCCGGCACCGCGGCCAGGAGCUGCGCGGGGAGCGGCAGCAGCGCCUCUGGCUGCAGCGCACCGAGCUGGACAUGCUGCUGGCCGAGGGCUCUGCGCCCCGCUCCUGACGCGGCUGCCAGCAAGGGAUGGGCACGGCCCUGCUUGGCACAAGGACCCAGACUCGACAGCCCCUGAGACAGCGGUGCCGGGGCCCUGCUCCAGCGCGGGCACUGCUGCUGUAAAUUAUUCGGUGCAUCAGUAAAGUGGCUGCCUCAGCAC